UGAAUCCCACUAUUCCCCCAACUUCUUUAACUUUAGCCAGUGGUAGUGCUGGUUAAUUGCGAGGAUUGAUCAGAGUUGACAUAAAAAUUUCACCAUGCUAGACAAUAGUGCUAAUUCUUCUGAUGCGGCUUCCUCAGAAAAUAAUGGAGCGAUCCUUCCCAAAAGAAAAAGAAGACCCCCAGGCACACCAGAUCCAGAUGCUGAGGUCGUGUGUUUGUCACCGAAGACCUUGUUGGAAUCAGAUAGAUAUGUGUGUGAGAUCUGUAAUCAAGGAUUUCAAAGAGACCAGAAUCUGCAGAUGCACAGAAGAAGGCACAAGGUACCCUGGAAGUUGCUGAAAAGGGAGACUAGCAGCACGCAAGAGGUGAAGAAGAAGGUGUUUGUGUGCCCUGAGCCUACUUGUUUGCACCAUAAUCCUUGCCAUGCUCUUGGAGAUCUCGUGGGCAUCAAGAAGCAUUUUAGGAGGAAGCAUAGUAAUCACAAGCAGUGGGUUUGUGAGAAGUGUUCUAAAGGAUAUGCUGUUCAGUCUGAUUACAAAGCUCACCUCAAAACCUGCGGUACCAGAGGCCAUUCGUGUGACUGUGGUCGUGUCUUUUCCAGGGUUGAGAGUUUCAUUGAACAUCAAGACGCGUGCACUGGUCGAACAGCUUCUAGCACUAGUCCAUCUAGUGAAGCCAAUUUAGUUUCAUUAAUGCAAGGCUUGCCUGUGCCAAAACCACCCACUUCUCAUAGACAUAAUAACUUAGAAGAACUCCAGCUCUUACGUUGUUCUUCUUCAUCAGACGCUCUAGGAAACCGAGGCUCUGAUCAUGAGGAGGAUAACAACCACGAAACUGAUCAAACCCAUCUGAAGCUUUCAAUAGGGUCAUUCAGUAACAACAAUAAGAGCAACAAGAAUGUUGCGAGUAAUAAUGAAGCGGAAGCGGAAGAAGCACCGAGGUUAAGGGAAGUGGGGCGGUUGAAAGAGUGCGCUAGUGAAGAGCUCAAGUUGGCGAUGGCUGAAAAGGCAUAUGCAGAAGAAGCUAGAAGAGAGGCUAAGCGUGAGAUAGAGAUGGCCGAGUUAGAGUUUGGGAGAGCAAAGAGGAUAAGGAAGGAAGCUCAGGAGGAGCUCGAGAAGGCUGAGGCUUUGAAGAAGCAAGCCAUGAUGAAGACGAGUUCCACUCUGAUGCAAAUUACUUGUCAGGCUUGUAAGCAACAGUUCCAAUCCUCCAUUCUUGCCGUUUCAUCAGAAGAGACAUCUCUUGUGAUGAGCUGCAUGUCCUCACCCACCACUGAAGGAGAAGGAGAUCAAUAACCUUAGGUAGCUACAGUCUUCAAGUGCUCCUUGUUAGGGCCUCCCAACCAAUCCGGAUUUCCAACACACACAAAUUAAACCAGAUGAUGAAGAGGAUAAAGAAGAGAAGUGAAUCUUUUACACACUUUCACUCUCUAAAUACAUUUACAUACAAGAGCACUCUUUUUCCGACCCCUUUUUUUUAGUUUGAUAAUGGUAACAGAUAUUUGAAAAUUUUUGCUUGAAUCUUGUCUAUAACUUAAGUUAUUGCUAGAAAAAAUGAUCAUUGACGAGUAGAAAGAUGGUUCUUUUGUAAUUUGCUUUUGGUUUUGAUCUUUUUUGUAGUCAAACGAAUUAUGCAGUCGUGCGUUUCUAAGUCUGAAAAUUAAUUCCUGUAUUCGUUGAACAAGUGCUGUGUGUGUGUGUGUGUGUGUGUGUGUAGCUGAAGCCUGUUUUGUCGUCUUCUUUUCUUAAUUAUAUAUAGUCAUAGAAUAUCAGGCUUAUAUUACAUGC